ACAUUUUAUCCCAAUACUUCAUUCCCAAUGCUUCAUUUUGAAUAAUCAGGGAGGACAGACGGCAGCUGGAGCGGCACAAACUGUUUAUCUGUCUGAGAUAUUAAGAUGAGCGCAGACACGGUGGAGCAGUCGGAGGCUCCAACUGAACAGGCAGAGCAAAAUGGAAUCGACUUCAAUCGACAAAUAAAGACAGAGGAGAUUAAUGACUCGCCUCAUUCAGCGGCUACACUGAAGACAUGUCAUCUAACACAGAGCUCUCCACUGCCUGGAGGUCAGCUGUCUGGGGAGCUCACCUCUCUCCACACCAUGCAGCAGCUGGUUCUGAUGCCACCGUCUCACCUGUCGUCUCCCUCCCCCUUCCUGCUCUCGCAGAGCCCCACCAGCCACCAAGCUCUUUUGCAGCAGAAUCUGCUGUCCCUUCCCUGCCAGAGUCAAACUAGUCUCCUUCAGCAUCAACCUGGAAUGGCUCUGACUCCACAGGCUAUGAGUCGCUCUGGUCUGGCAGGACCGUCUAUGGAGAACCACAUGGACAUGUCCCACCUGCAGAUGCCCAAACACAUGUCUGUACCACCACAGGAGGAACCCAGUGACCUGGAGGAACUGGAGCAGUUUGCUAAAGCGUUCAAACAAAGACGCAUCAAACUGGGCUUCACUCAGGGAGAUGUGGGCCUUGCGAUGGGAAAACUGUACGGGAAUGAUUUCAGCCAGACCACAAUCUCUCGCUUCGAGGCUCUCAACCUCAGCUUCAAAAACAUGUGCAAGCUCAAACCUCUGCUGGAGAAAUGGCUGAGUGAUGCAGAGAACUCACCCUCUGACUCGGUGAGCAACCCCACCUCUCUGCCGCCCCUGAUCGAGGGCUACGGACGCAAACGGAAAAAGAGGACAAGCAUUGAAACCAACAUCAAGCUGACUCUGGAGAAAAGAUUCCUUGACAACCCCAAGCCCAACUCCGAGGAGAUAACCCUGAUCUCAGAGCAGCUAGCCAUGGAGAAGGAGGUGGUUCGAGUUUGGUUCUGUAAUCGGCGUCAGAAGGAGAAGAGGAUCUACUGCCCGGUGACUAGUUUAUCGGUCAAAUCACACAGCUACAACUCCCGAAUGGCCUCAGCGUCCAGAUCCUACAGCCCUCUGGCUUCAGGUGGAGUUUCAUCAAAUUCCUCUCCAAACAGUGCAAGUCGCGAAGCUUCUCCCAACAGUCUUUCCGCAGCUUCCGUCUCUUUAACGUCUCAGGUCAACCCAGCUUCCUACAGCACACCCGGGUCCUGGUACCGCACAUGGAACCCUGCUGCGUAUCAUCACUGAGAAACAUAAACUCUAUAAUAUGAAGCUUUUUAUUUUGAGGAGGAUGUCCACUGAAGAUGUGUGAUGGAGUGGCACGAUAAUACCUGUUAUUAACAGGGUUACAACUACAGGCUAAAACCUUAGACGGAAUCAUGAGACAAAGCAGCAGAGGACUGCAAACACUCACCAAACUGCUGUUAGGACGGCCUCGAGCUGUUUGAUUUGCAUUCAUGUGACUCUUUACCUAGAUCAGCUGCAGAGAGGAAGAAUACACGGAAAAACACACACUCACCUGACAAGUUAUCAUAAAAACCCUAGCAGGAAUUCUCAUAUUCAAGCCUGUAUGGCUCAAAUAAUCUGUUUAAAUGUCAAAUUGUUGUUUUCUGCCAUCUUUACAUUAUGCUGGACUCCAAUUAUCUCAGUUUUGCUGUUAUUUUAUGUUUUUAUGUUAUUAUAGUUAGUGUUGUUUUGGUGAAUUUGAUUCAAUCCUCCAUUGUGUACUGCUCGUCUGUCUAAUUAAAUAUGCAGUUUAAACAAAGGGAUUUCAUAGAACUGCAUAUUCAUGACUGGUGCAAAAAGGCCUUACAUUAGUGAGCAGAACGGCUUUUGAUUUGGUUAUUUUAGUUCUUUAAAGCAGUUUAACUAAGCUGGUGAGAGAAAAUGUAGACCUCUGCUGGUCCAAACCAGCUGCUGGGGCUUCUGUUUACUUUGUUUUUUUUUCCUGCUGUGGCUUGUUGUUCUGCUUACUACAGACUCUCGUAAAAAAAAACUGCCUUUCAGACCUCAAGCCAUGGAUGGAUUACUGAACUGGGGACCCAGGGGUCAGGGGUCCUGACUGAUAAAAUGUCGCUAAAAAACCCACAUAAGGAUCACAAAAAGACGCUAAAUGACCACAAACACACACAACAUGACAGAAAGAUACACAUAAUGACCAGAAACAACCCAAAAUGGCUACAGAGACACAAAACAACCACAAAGAAAUGACAAAAAAAAGGAUACUCAAGAUGAUCACAGAGACCCAAAGUUACUACUAAGACAAGCAAAAUGACUAAAAACAGACGUAGAACUACCGCAAAAAGACAUAAACGACUACAAAUGACCAAAGAUGACUAUAGACACACAAAACAACCACAGAGAAAUGUAAAAUGACAAAAAGAGGAGACUCAAGAUGAUCACAGAGACCCAAAGUUACUACUAAGACAAGCAAAAUGACUAGAAAUAGAUGCAAAACGACUACAAACAGAUGUAGAACUACCGCAAAAAGACAUAAACGACUACAAACGACCAAAGAUGACUAUAGAGACACAAAACAGCCACAGAGAAACGUAAAAACCACUAAAAAUAGAUCCACAACGACUACAAGGAAACGCAAAAUGACCCAAAAUGACUAAAAUAAGAUGCAAAAUGAUCAGAAAUGUAAAAAUGACAACAAAGAGAUGCAAAACAAUCACAAAGUGACCACACAGAGACACACAACUAAAAACAGACGUGAAACGACCAAAAACGGACACAUAAAAAAGUUUAACUACUAAAAAUAGAUGCAAAAUGACUACAGAGAUUUAAAAUGACUAAAACUAGAUGCAAAACAAUCAAAAAAGGUGCAAAAUGACUACAAGGUGUCUUGUAGACUCUAUGUCUGGGCCCAGGGGCCCAUUGUCUCGUAAUCCGUCCAUGCCUCAAGUCAAGGUCUGACUCUUGUUUGUUUGAUUUGUGAAUAAUGAAUUUCUGUUUUUUGAGUGUCCAUUGAAUAUUAUUUUUUAUUUUAGAGAAAUGUUUUUCAGUGGUACAAAACUCUGAGCUAAACCACUAUAAUUAUGAUGUUAUAUAAUGUAACAGCAGGUACUUUUUAAUGUUUUACUGAUGUAACUGAAGCUACCGUGCUAAAAGUUAAAAGUGGAAACAGUGCUGUUUGAUCCUCUGAGUCUCAGGGAAUCAUUUCUCUUACCUCUUAACUCCAGGGACCCUUAUUAACUUUUAUUAAACGGAGACGGCCAUGAGUUUGACCGUCUUUCUUUUAAAUAAUAAAUAUAUACACAUACAUACACAUACAGUGGUUAAAUUGGCUUUUGUAGGGAGGGGGAGCCCUUAUUUACGGGGAAUGGUCGUCAUUCAAAAUCGCGCCGUAAAAUGACUUAAUGUGUUUUUACACCAAAGGGGCUCUUUUCCCAGUAUUAAUGUGUAAGGUAGGGUUGAUUAGUUCAAACAAAGAGAAAUACUUUACAAUUCACUUACUUUAUUAUUAUUUCUUACCUUUUAUAGGCUAAAGUUAACAGGCAGGCAACAGAUU